AUGGGCGCAAACGGGACGUCUCGGCCGAGGCCAGCACAGGUCACUUGGCUCAGAGCUCUCGCAACGCUGUCGGAGGAGGGGCCAGACAAGCAAGUUGACAGACUUCGAGACGGCGAGGCAGACCGCCCCAGCAGGAGAGAACGAGAGCUGAGCUAUCCGCGAGGCUAUUCGCUGAAGAGAAUCGCUCUGGACUUGGACGCGCCGCCUCUCGAGACCGGCACUUUUGGAGACGCCGACGUUCGGCCAGAAGACCUGCAAGAGGUGCUUGCCAAAGCUCCGACGCCUUCGUCCGGCUCUGGUGCCGGCAGCUUGCAUGCAGGCAGCUCGCAGGGGCUGGAGUGGGUGGGGAAGGUCGGGGAGCAAUUGGCGGCACGCUCGUUGGAGCAGCAGGGCUUCGAGGUUUGCUGGGUCAAUGAGAAUGGCGAGCUCGGGCUCCCCUUCGACCUGUCAGGGGGGCAGCCUGCCCACACUCCGCAGCGAUGGAGGAUCGGUCCAGGGCGAACUGGCGGCUGA